UGCAUAACCUUAUUUAAAUGUAUCUAGAAGUUGGAAUGUGUCGUAUAAUUAUCAUUAAAAUAGACAAAGUUACUGCAUAAUUUCAAUGUUAGUUGUGUUUAUUGUUAUAUUUCGUGAUAUACAUGUACAAACGUUUGCAUAAAUCAUUCAAAUAAUUAUAGAGCGAAAUGGCUUAGUGAUUUAUUACCUACUGAAGAGUGCGUUUGGGUCAAAAUCUUUGGUCAACAUUUUGGCGCAAAUUAUAAUCUGUCAUGUUCAAUUAUGUCAAAAUUUUAAAUGUGAGAUGUCAAAAAAUAGCCGCAAGUGUUAUAUUAAUUAUUUUAUGCGUGUGUUUUUUGCACAAAAUUAACAAUUCAAAAUAUUUGCCGUGGGCUCAUUUAAAAGAUAUCUCGUGUUAUUAUUCUGUUAAAGGAGAUGUAUUACCAUCGGCUGAUAGUAAUAAUUUCUCACCGUCGCAAAAAAGUAUUUUCUUCAUGGAAACUUCGUGUCGUCGUAACUUGACAUCGAGAGACCUUUGUGCCAUUGAGUCAGCGGCGCGUGCGCAUCCCGAUUAUCGAAUCAACGUGUUGUUCGCCGCACCGAUCUCGGCAGAGCUUCUCGGACAAUUCAGCCUCAGACAAAAGUUCGAGAACGUUCGAUUUGCAAGAAUACAUAUAGAUGAAUAUUCUAAGAAUACUCCAGUGCAAGAGCUCGUCUGGAGCGGCGGCUUGUAUAAGUCACAUUGGAGAGUGGAGCAUGCAUCGGACUUGUUAAGAUAUUUAACAUUGUACAAAUUCGGUGGUAUUUAUUUGGAUUUGGAUGUAGUGGUUGCGAAACGUUUGGACACCUUGGCCGCGAACUGGGCGGCCAGAGAGAGCGAAUUCUACGUAGGCUCAAGUGCUAUAGCCUUCUCUUUGGACAGCGUUGGUAGAAGUAUUGCGGAAGCUGCGAUAAGUGAUCUUCAGAAGAAUUUCCGACAUGACUUGUGGAGCCACAACGGGCCAGGAGUUAUUACCAGAGUAUUAAAGAUGAGGUGCAAUACCACUGAUAUCACACUUAUGAACUCUAAAAUAUGUCAAGAUUUCGAAGUGUAUGGACCGGAACUUUUUUACCCGAUUAAAUGGCAGAAUAGCAGUAAAUAUUUCGACUCGGGAAUGCUCGAGAACAAAGAUGCGUACAUUUACCACGUGUGGAAUCAUAUGACAAGGAAUCGUACGCCUGACAAAAAUUCCCCGUAUGCACAACUUGCUCGAACUUUCUGCCCGUUUACUUACGCAUUAUAUGGCGAUCGAUUUGGAUUAUAGUUAGUUACCAUGCAGCGACAAAAAUAGGAUUUGUCAUCCUGGAAGCCUAUGAACGGCGGAGACAGACCUUAUUCAGAUGCCCCUCGACAGAUUGCCUUUUUUACUGGGUGAAAAACUGAAAGCUCUAAGCAGAUAGCGUCAGCGCCAAGAGUCCUCUGCCAUCUAUACGUGUAGUAUACGUCGUUCUCGCGAUUUCUUUUGUAAGAUAAAAAAAAUGUAUUCCUCACUGAGUGCGUCGGAAUUAAAAUCCGUGCGGACGCAGUCGCGGGACAGCUAGUUUAACUGUAU